AUGAAUACCCUACCACCUAAAGAAAGUUCGGCCAAACAUAUUGAGUCUUUCGAUGGAGACCAACCGGAAGAUAAUAGAAUAUCGUCGCAUGCUCCUCUGGAGAAGCCAACCAAGUGUAUGAUACUGUUCGCAUGCUACAUUAGUAUUUCAGCAAUGAUUUACAAUUUCGAUCUAGGAUAUAGCGGAAUCGUGUUGCUCAUGCAGCCUUUUAAUGCCGCCUUCGCAACAUGUCGACCAACACAGACAGCUGACGGAGCGACCAUAACCAAAUGUACCUUGACGGCUCUUGAACAAGGCCUAACAUCUUUGUCGAUCCUUUUUAUUGGCCUUGGUGCCACUAUCGGAGGCUUCAUUGGCAACUACCUCGGUCGUCGAGGAACCAUUCAGGUGGGGGCAUUGGUGACGGCCAUUGGAGCUGCAGGUAUGCUAGGUACUAAAGGAAACUACACUGCGUACCUAGCUUGCAAGUCUAUCCAAUCUGUCGGUCUAGGCCACAUCAUUGGUGCAGUACCUCAGUAUGGAGUUGAGUGUAUCUCAGCUAGCCGGCGUGGUUUGCUGAUGGCGCUGUUCAAUGUGGGCCUCGGCAUAGGAAACGCGAGUGCAGCGGCAGUGUGUUUAGGCACAUCCCAUAUACACAGCGAUGCUAGCUGGCGGAUUCCCAUCGCAUGCCAGCUUCCACUAUCUCUCCUAAUGGGCGUCGGCACCUUAUGUUUCCCCGAGUCGCCACGUUGGCUACUUACCAGAGAUCGGCACGAUGAAGCCCGGAAAUCAUUUGCUACCUUUUUACAAAGAGAUUCUAACUCACCUGAAGUCACAAGACAAUUGGAGGUGGUUCAAAGAUAUCUACGACUUGAGAAACAGUCGGGAGCAACUACGAAUUGGACCGAGAUCUUUCACGGUAUCGACCGACGGCGCACACUCACGAGCACCGGCAUCUUGGUUGGAUCAGCUGUCGUUGGAUCAAAGUUUAUUCAGACAUAUGCCGCAAUCUUUCUAGCUGGUGUUGGUUUUCGUAACCCAUAUCAUAUUACCCUUGUCGUGGCCGGCUGCAUUGCUGCAGGUGGUAUUUGCAGCCCGAUCAUCCUUGAGACUCUCGGAAGGCGUUAUAGCCUUCUUUCCGGCUACACAUUGCUAGGACUUGCGAUGAUGAUCAUCGCUACCAUUGGCUCAACCACGGAUCAUACGAAGACUGCUGUUCAGGGUAGUUUGACCGGAUUUUUGUGCUUGUGGGGCUUCACAUACGGAGGUUUCAUUGCAACCUCGGUUCCUGUCACAGCCCCAGAAAUGCAUGCUGUGGGUUUAAGGACAUAUGGUCACGCAUUCGCCACAACUGUCUAUGAAAUCUUCAGCUUCGCAGCUUCCUUCUCAACACCUUAUAUGCUCAGCACGAAAUAUGGCAAUAUGGGUACAAACGUUGGCUAUUUCUUCCUCGGCUUAAGUAUAGCAGUAGGGACAUUUUGCUACUUCUUCGUCCCGGAGACCGGUAAAUUGACUCUUGAGGAAGUGGACGACAUCUUCUUGUCUCGUACACCAGCUCCAAAGACUUCAUACUCAAAGAAUAAGGCAACGGCUCGAGCUCGUACAUAUACAUUAGGCGAUGCUUCUGCUUAG